ACGGUGCAGGUCUUCCAGCACGCCGUGCCCGCCGAGGGCAAACCCGUCACCAACCAGAAGAACUCCGGGAGAUGUUGGAUCUUUUCCUGUCUCAAUGCAAUGCGUCUUCCUUUCAUGAAGAAAUACAACAUUGAAGAGUUUGAAUUCAGCCAGUCGUAUCUCUUUUUCUGGGAUAAGGUUGAACGUUGUUAUUACUUUUUAAAUGCAUUUGUGGAAACAGCUCAGAAAAAGGAGCCUGUGGAAGGAAGACUGAUACAGUUCCUGCUCUCCAACCCUACAAAUGAUGGUGGACAGUGGGAUAUGUUGGUUAACAUUAUUGAAAAGUACGGUGUUGUCCCCAAGAAAUACUUCCCAGAGUCUCACACCACAGAGGCUACUAGGAGGAUGAAUGAGAUCUUGAAUCAUAAGAUGAGAGAAUACUGUUUGCGGCUAAGAAAUAUGGUGGAAAGUGGAACAAUUAAAGGAGAACUUUGUGCUGCAAUGGACACUAUGAUAGAAGAGGUAUUCAGAAUAGUGAGUACUUGCCUGGGCAGCCCUCCGGAGACCUUCUGCUGGGAGUUCCGGGAUAAGGAGAAGAACUACCACAAAUACGGUCCUGUGACACCGGUCCAGUUCUACAACGAGCACGUGAAGCCUUACUUCAACAUGGAGGACAAGAUUUGUCUAGUGAACGAUCCUCGACCUCAAAACCCGUACAACAGGCUGUAUACAGUGGAGUACCUGGGCAACAUGGUAGGAGGGAGGAAAACGCUCUAUAACAACCAGCCUGUUGAUGUCUUGAAAAAAUUAGCUGCAGCAUCUAUUAAGGAUGGCGAGGCUGUGUGGUUUGGCUGCGAUGUUGCAAAGCACUUCUAUGGCAAGCUGGGAAUCAAUGACAUGAAUAUAUUUAAUCAUGAGCUGGUGUUUGGUGUCUCCAUCAAGAACAUGAACAAAGCAGAACGAUUAAUCUUUGGAGAAUCAAUGAUGACCCAUGCCAUGGUCCUGACAGCUGUCACUGAGAAGGAGGGGCAAGAAGAGGCAUUUGAAAAAUGGAGAGUGGAAAACUCCUGGGGUGAAGACCGUGGUAAUAAAGGUAAAGUAAUUUACAGACACAGGAACAGAAAGCUGAACUUAGUGUUUGGAAAGAAGGAGGGGGGAAAGGGGAUGUGCUGUGCAUCCUUCACCAGGACAUCCAUGAAACAAGCCUGCAAACAGCACGUGGAUUGCUGA